GCCCGCGCGGAGUAAUUUGCGGAUGUGAGAAGGCUCCACUUGUCAGUCAGACUUUGAACUGUGCACUGGCGCUCAUCACUGCUUAUCUCUGACCGCUGCUUGUCAUCAAAGACGCCGGCCACUGACACUUAAAAUCGACGAGCUCAGAUGUAAAGAUUAGGAUGAACAGUUGCUAAGAAAGAGAGAGAGAGCGCGAGCGAGAGAGGAGGAAAAGGAAAAAAAAAGGGAAGCCCGGAGAGCAUCACUGUAAGGGAGCAGAGCGGGGAUUAAACGUUCGCUACGCCGUUUAACGUUCACGUUGCUCGGGAGUUGAGAUGGUCCAGACCAGGAAUGUUUUUUUAGCCUUGCUUCUUGUGGGCAGCAUAGUUUCCUUGGAGGUCCAGAUCACACCUACCCAUGGUGAGAUUAGCCUUGGAGAAUCCAAAUUCUUCAUGUGCGAUGUUGUAGGCGUUGCCAAACACGUGGACUGGUAUGGCCCGAGCGGGGAGCGGAUAGCCCCGAAUAGACCAGACUUGACUGUAACCCGCAACGAUGAGUCAUCUUCCACCCUCACAUUUUAUGAAGCCAAGACCGAUAGCGCCGGGACGUACAAGUGCGUCGCCACCAACGGAGACCAGCAAGCGGAGGCAACCGUUAAAGUGAAAAUCUUCCAAAGAAUAACCUUCACAAAUGCACCGCCUCGCCAAGAGUUUACUGAAGGAGACAACGCAAACAUCGUUUGUGAUGUCACCAGCUCACCCCCGCCCACAGUCUUUUGGAAAUACAAGGGAGCCAAAAUACAGAUGGAGAAAGAUGUUCGUUUCAAGGUGCUAAGCAACAAUCACCUUCAAAUCCGCGGCAUAAAGAAGACCGAUGAGGGCAUGUACAUGUGUGAGGCUCGCCUCAUGGCCCGCGGCGAGAUUGAUCUGCGUCCCAUCAGUGUCGUGGUGAAUGUGCUCCCAACCAUCAGAAUAUGGCAGUCAGAAGUCAACGCCACAGCAGAGGUUGCACAACCUGCCAUUCUGACUUGUGCUGUUGAUGGCUACCCUGAACCCAUGGUGACCUGGAUAAGGAACGGAGUAGAACUCAGAGACGAGGAGAAGUACGGCUUUAAUGAAGAUGGCUCCGAAAUGACUAUAAUGGAUGUAACCAAGCUGGACGAAGGAGAGUACACGUGCGUCGCCAAGAACAAGGCUGGGGAGAGCGAGAAGGAACUCAGCCUGAGAGUGUUUGUUAAACCGAAGAUCACAUACAUAGUGAACCGGACCGCUUCAGAGACGGAAGAGCAGGUAACUGUGACUUGUGAAGCAUCUGGAGAUCCGACUCCAACCAUCAGCUGGAGCUACGGUGAGCAAGUCUUCACCGAAGGAGACCAGGCACAUCUAAACAGGAUCUAUCAGGCAUCAUGGACUCGGCCUGAGCAGCACAAGAGUCCAGAUGGAAAUGUAGUAGUAAGGAGCGAUGCUCGUGUGUCCUCCCUCACUCUGAAGUAUGUCAAGUAUACAGAUGCCGGUCAGUAUCUCUGCAAAGCUCGCAGUGCCAUCGGAGAGGAUGAACAGACCGCUUAUCUGGAGGUCCGCUAUACGCCUAAGAUCCACGGAACAGUGGCGGUUUACACGUGGGAGGGAAACCCGGUCAACAUCAGCUGCGAGGUCAAGGCUUUCCCCACAGAUGUGUCAAUUGUUUGGCUCAGAGAUGGACUGCAGCUUCCAAACUCAAACACCACCAACAUCAAAAUCUUCAGAACUCCUUUAUCCAGUUACCUACAGAUUACACCAGAGUCUGAAAAUGAUUUUGGAAGCUAUAACUGCACCGCCUCAAACGAGAUGGGCACCGAGUCCAAGGAGUUCCUGCUCAUUCAGGCCGAGGUUCCGUCAUCGUUGGUCAUUGAUGAAGUGAGGCCUUUCUCCACCACCGCUCUGAUCCAGUUUGGAGAGCCUGAAUCUACUGGAGGCGUUCCUGUUCUCAAGUACAGAGCUGAAUGGAGGAUGCAGGGCAGGAGCAGCUGGACGCAGAAAGUCUACGAGGUCCAAGACGACUUCGACAACGAGGUGACGAUAACGGGCCUGAAACCGGAGAGCCGCUACGAGGUGAAGCUGUCGGCCAUUAACGGCAAGGGCGAAGGAGAGAGCAGCCCCACGGAGCGGUUCAAGACCGAGCCUGUCCCCCCCAUUAAGAAGAACGACCUUUUUCAUUUUUUCACAGACGGAACAGAAGGAAAUCCUAAUCCUCCUAAGCUUGAAGGGUCAGUGGAGCCUAAAGGCAACUCCCUCAAAGUCAGCUGGAUUAAGCAGGAUGAUGGCGGCUCUCCCAUCCUGCAUUAUCUUAUCCGCUAUAAACCCAUCCAGACGUCACAGUGGAAGCCUGAGAUCCGGAUGCCCAGUGGCAGCGAUUACGUCGUGCUGCGUGGAUUGGACUGGGACACGGAGUACGACGUGUAUGUGGUGGCCGAGAACCUGAAGGGGAAGUCUCCGCCCGCCACCAUGUCCUUCAGAACAUCUGCAGAGCCAGAGGCCUUCCCAGAUCUGGGUGAUGAGGGCCCGUUCUUCAUGAACAUCAUACUCUGGGCAGGGAUCCUUGUUGUAGUAUUUGUACUCCUGCUGCUAGCAGUGGAUGUCACUUGUUACUUUGUCAACAAAUGUGGCCUUAUCAUGUGCCUGUGUGGAAAAUCAGGCACAGGGACGAAAGGGCACGUGUUGGAAGAGGCCAAAGCUGCUUUCGUGAAAGACGAGUCCAAAGAGCCCAUAGUGGAAGUCCGAACGGAGGAUGAGUGCACAGCCAAUCACAACGCAGCCGGACCGAUAGAGCCCAACGAAACUACACCUCUCACAAAGCCAGAGCUGGUGGCUUCUCUGGCACUGGACACCCCCUCCUCCGUAGCCACCAACUCAGACACAGCCACCGCGACCAUUGAUCCUGCUCAGGAAAGCCCCUCUAGCGAGACCACCACACUCACAUGCAGCCUGUCCACCCUGGCCAACGAGCCCUCGCCCACCCCCCUCACCGCUCCGGCCCCGACCCCCGAGUCCAACACGGCCCCUCCGACCCCCGUGGUCUCCUCGACCGCCGUUGAAGCCAAAAUGGCACCGUUGCUCGAGGAGAGGGGGCAUAAGACCUUGGAAGAGCCGGAGAAGAUGAGCAAUCCUCCUACCACCCCCGAACAGUGUAGACCUCAAAAGUCCGGAACGCCAAUACCGCCAAAGCGCAGACACUCUCCCAAACUCGCUGCUCUGAAUGCUAAAAACAGUCCGCCGGUUUCCCCUCUCGCCGUGUCUUCUCCUCCUCUCAUUCCAGAUGGCAAGAAACCUGCACCGAGCCCACCGGUCAACAAGCCCACUCCACGGGCCAACGCCGUUGCCUUAAGCAAAGAGACACCGGUGCAAACUGCUGCCUCUACAGCGAACACUGCCCUCCCAAAACCAGACCCGGAGUCUAAACCUGGGCUUCCAGAUUCUACCGCAUACACCUUUACUGACUUUGACACAGAUAAUCCAACCAGUAACAACAUCCCCACACCAAAACCCGCGCCGAUUUACGCUUCUUCAGAUAUCCCCAAUGCCGUCGAAGAUCCACAACUCAAAAAUCCCGUCACUCUAUUGGCAGACAUCCCCUCGCCUUUACCCAUCACCGCAAUCGCUUCAGCAGUCCCGAACGACCUCCUGACGCCGGGGUCAGACCUGUACGACUUAACGGCUCCGGACGGAGUGCACAAAAAUGCAGAUUUAGAGUUAGAGCUGAGAAACGGCGCAGGAAGGCCCUCCCGGCCCCUCUCUGACCUGAUUAGCUUAGAGAGCCCGUCCGCCGCCCCCUCUCUGCCCAGCGGAGACCAAGCAGACUUCCCUCCCUCAGGCCCAGUUCUGGAGGCUUCAGAGACUCUCAAGACCGCUCCUCCUGUCAACGAUGAGAAGAUAUUUGCUGAUGAGAAAAGCAAACUGGAGGAGGGAGACCUACCAAACCCCCUGAUCACUUCGGCACACAACAGUGUCAUACAGACAAACACGACAGAGAGCAAAGUAUGAUGGGCCAACUGGGAAACGCAAAAACCCCUCCUCCCCCUCCGCCGCCCAGUCACGCUUUAGAGCAGCAGUGACAGGAAAAGCUUUUGUUUUUAGUGCCCUUAACGCAUUUAACACCACACACCUCCGUGGAUCGGUUAGCGCGCACUCUGACUGCUUUCGUUUAUUAAAUGUUUACCACACCCUGCAGAGUUUAUCUUUAGAUCAUAAGAGAUUUAUUUAUUUUUAAUUCUCAUUUUUACGUAACCAGUCCGGACACUUCUGCUUUUACUAAAGGACCGCCUCGUAAGUGUGUGAAACUUUAAAAAAUAAAUAAAUAAAACGUGCGUAGUUUUGCCAGCUACUCACGAAUACUGGAAUAUUAUGAGAAAUAUAAAUGUAAGAGAAAAUGACUAUAUAAAUAGAAAUUAUUUUUCUUAUUUUAUUGUUCUAUUGUGCAAAACUUAAACUUGUUUUUUUUAAUUAUUAUUAUUUGACUUUUUGUGGGAUAGUCUCCAAGUAGCUUGUUCUGCAUGUCUGACCUGCAAGUGGUUGUAAAGUUUUCACUGUGUCUGUUACAGGGAUUUUUAACGCUGGCGUCGAUCGAAAAACCGAGACCCGACUAAAGCGUUUAGACGUGCGGUGACUUGCAAAAGUGUUCACAAGCCUGAACUUUUUCACAUUUUGUUACGACCACGAUCUUAAAACAGAUUCAUGAUGCUCAAUUUUUUUUUUUCUAAAUCCAAAACUGUAUGGCAGUUAUUUGUAUUCAACCAUCCUUGAUUCAUAAAUUGUGUUUGAUCAUAUUUCACUGCAGUCGUUUAGGUAUAGCUCUAUUGUUUCUACACAUAGUGACAACAGUUUUGGCCCCUGGGGGGGAAAGAAAAUUGGCCAUAUAUGUUGUAACUUGUGCUUUUCACAAUUAUGUGCACCUUUGUGUUAAUCAGUAUCAAAAACUAAUAAAAUCCGUCAACAUUUGUAUCAAAAUAUGAAAAAAAAAAUCAGGGAUUGUAACUUUUGCAAGGCAAAGUAUUUGUUUUGGUAAAUAAUGAAAAAAAAGGCUGCAGCUGCAGGAGGGAGAUAUUCUACGAUGCAACAGUGUGCAUGAUCAUAUCAGAUAUGGACCAAUUUGUCAAACUUAUUCUGUCACUGCCUUAUAAUAGUGCUGUUAAAUAUUCACGAUACCAUGCAUUUAACGAAAAAAAAAAAAAAGGGAACGUCCUGAAGAUGAGAUGCGAGACGCCAGCGGAACAGCUGACUUAAAGCCAAGUGUUUGGAGGACAAAAAAAACCUCCAAAAAAUCAAGUGAAUGUCACGCGACCGCCAGCUGAAUAACGAUAUCUGCCCAGAGGACGAAGACGGUUUAUCUUCUUGACAUCUGUGGAGAUCACAGCUCUGGCUCCAUAAGUCUGGAGAUUCGCUCAGAAACACUAAAGAAGAAGGAAAAACU